UACGAUGCGAUUCAUGGCGGUGCGUGUACUGUGCCGCUGACAAUGAGCCGCGGCGGUGACUGUGAUAAGUGAUCCGUAUAAACCCAUCCUGAUCGCUGAACGCGAGCAGUGGCAGUGGAGAAAGAUCGCACGUCGGCCGCUAUUAGAGCACACCUCUUGAUGACUCGCGCUUUACGUGGGCCGCAGGCAAGCCGGAGCUCGCAAUUAUGUUCGAUAUACCGCAGAAGUUCUACGAGCUGUGUCGCCUUUGUUUAUCCCUCGACGACGGUGUCAAGUAUUCCAUAUUCGAGGAGGGGGGCGCCCAGCAGAAUUUCGCCGAGAAGAUAUCGGCGUACCUGUCAAUCACGGUAAAAGACGAUGAUUCCCUACCGCCGGUUAUCUGCCAGCAGUGUGCAUGCAAGCUGAGCAUGCUGGACAACUUUCGCGAACUGUCGCAAAAGUCUGAUGUCAUACUCAAACAGUACCUGGAUUGUACCAAGCAACUGUCGUCCCAUGACGAGCAGAAAGAGUCUUUCUCCACUGCCAAAGUAGCGGGCGAGAGCCCUCUGCAAUCGUUCCUCGAAUUGAGCAGGAUGUUGUUCAAGGAGGAGCCUAACUCCGAGCCGGCCAGCAUUAAUCAAAACGUAAUACCUCAAACACAAACGCAUCAUCUGGAGUUGCAAAGCAGCAAUAUGCGAGAACACGAUAAUAUUAAGUGCGAGCCAGACGAUGACAGCAGUUCCAACAGCUCCGAUCCUGAGCGACUGGAGAUUGAAGAUCGCGACGAGCAGGAGAUGGAAGGCGAGGAGAACGGUUACGACAUGACCGUCAGCAAGAGGAUUCGGGUCGACAGCAACUACGACGGCUCCGAGUCCAACACGGCGAAUUGCAGUCCGGUUAAUAGAAUGGACACGCCGGAGAGCAAUUGCUCCGACACCAACAUCGAUCAGGAAACGACGAAGCUGUGGCAGGCUCUAGCCAACAAUAGAAGCUUGGAAAUUACGCGAACAAAUGGUGAUAAAUUGAACAAUGGAUUCACCGGCGAAGCGACUAAUCUGCUGCGCUCUUUGAUCAACAACAGGCAGAUCGGUAUUACUGCCAUUGAUUCGGACAAGAUGUCUCCGCAAAUCAGAUUCUACAGGGACACCCAGGGGACAGCUACCGAGCGUGCGUUGACCGAUUUCCCUGUGCUCGGUAAUCGUACCAAUAUAGGAAGCUUAGAAAAUAAGUCUGUACAGAGUGCUUUGAUAGACAGUAAUCCGUCUAGCCCUGCCAGUAUUGGUCGCAAGGAGAUGGCGACGACGACGAAGGGUCGCAGAAAACAGAGUUAUCCCAGUAAAGCACCAGCAAGUCCGGACAUUGUCGCCAGUUACCAACAUGAACAUAAUGAAGAGCAAGCACAUGAUUUUACCACAUGGUCGAGCAAGAUAAAGAAUAAGAUGGAGCAAGAUCAGAAGCAACAGUUCGAUCAGCAAAGCGGUAACGUGGCGAAGAAGGUUGAUAUGUCUUGUACAAAUUGCGGCACCAUGACAACAACCAUCUGGAGAAGAAAUAUGAAGGGCGAGAUGGUGUGCAACGCCUGUGGGUUGUAUUACAAGUUGCACGGUGUUAAUCGCCCGGUUACUAUGCGAAGGGACACUAUACAUACGCGUAGACGCAGACCCAAGGGCGAGAAACCAACAAGGCAUAGAAAAAAAGGAGAUGCAGUCUUAGCAUCUCAGUCGACAAGAGAACAAAUGGAUGCCGAGAGUACGGACAUGUUGAACGCUCUUCGACAGCAAAUUCAUCCUCAGCUGAUGAUGCAUGCAGCGCUGACAACGCCUACGCGCAUACCCGGUGGCCAUCCGCCUCCGCCAGUUGGUUACUCAAUACCUUUAUCUAAUUACAUGAUUCAUCAACACAUGAAAACCGAAGAGCGUAUGCAACGACAUUUGUCAGUGGAUGAGGAAGCAGACGAAGGCGAUGAGGAGAACGUUUCUGAUGUUCCCCUCAAUUUGGUGGCAACUUCCCUUUCAGAGGACACGCAUUAAGAAAAAAAUCUGAUUCGGCACUUAGGUAUGCUUUCUCGACGGCGUUUAGUCCAUUAACCCUGGAUGGAUCUUUAAUGUCCCUCUUGGCAGAUUCUCAGCGUUUUCUCCUUCUCCCCCGAGAAAUCAUUCGUACCGGGGACUGUGACGACGUUUCGUGGAGAGCCAUCGGGCUCGCACCGCGGCGUAAUACGCACGAUAAAAUGAGAUGAUAUUAAUUACUCAGUAUUAAUUAUUCAAGAUGUACAUAUAUAUAUAUACACAUACAUGCGGAAUACACAUACACGUAUA